GUUGCACAGUACCACAUUUUUAGGCGGUAAAGAUGGACGUCAAAUCGGUGUUGUUUCUGCUGCUGGUUGUAGUAGCAUUGAGCCAGGCCCAGAAGCAAUGUUGCCACCCAGACCAAUUUGAAGCAAUGGACGGUCUGAUUACCGCCUCGGUUCAGUCUGGGCAAGGUAUGGUUCAGACGACGGGGAUACAAUUUGCCUUCGAUUACACCAACAGACGUUUGGGCGAACUUCUCCAAAUGUCCGGCAGUAUGUAUCAAUAUGUCUUAGAUUACAACAAGGGCGUCAUUUACGUCAUCAAUCUCACUAUGAAGACAUGCCAGAAAAGUCCACUACCGACAAUGCAAAUGCAGCAUUGUGUCCCAAGUAACGCCACCUACGGAGGUUCUUUCUAUGCUGGAGAUCACAAGUUGAAUGCAGACACGUUCAGCUACUCCGUUAAUGAUGGAUCUAACGUGGGAAACGUGACCCUGUCUGUCACCAAGGAUAACUGCAUUCCAUUCAGUGAAACGUUCAUCGGAUCGUCAGGGGGAAUUCAAACACUCACCGUGGGGGUAUAUGUCAACUAUAGCCCAGGGAUCCAGGACCCCUCUAAGUACUUCACUAUCCCCAACUAUUGCCCAACGUUCUUCACUCCGGAACCGAAAGAGGGACAUGCUUUCAUCAUGCCGUUCCUGCUGUGAGUGCGCCCUCAACGGCUAUACUUGGACUGAAACCAAUCUAUCGGCCGAGUUUAAGUCUGGAAUCAAUUCAAAAUCAAUUGCUAAAGUUUAGUUUGGCUAAGCCAGUAAAAUACUUUCGACAAUUAGGAUUCGAAUCGAUAUUUGGAUUUAAAAUGACUUGUGACUCUUUUU